GGCUGUUUUGUUAGCGAAAGGGGGCGUGGAUUACCGUAAAUCCUAAUGUAAUGCAGCUGUUAGGAUAGCCUGCAUAAUGUCAUUGACUACCUUCUUUUUUAUCUUUCUUUGGAGCAGUUUUGCUUCAAAAUGAUAUGAUCUAAUCGCGGAAACAAUGCCACUAGACCAACAGGAACUCGAGCUAACAUUGGCGCUGUCACUGCUCCUAUCCCGCAUUGACUGCUGGGUUACGCGGAGGCUCGUCGGUCGUAUGCUUUGUGUGAUGCGGGAAGCUGCUGAACGUUUUGUAGUGGAAUGAAAUCGACAUUGUGAUAAGGACUUUGUUCAUCUUUUCAUUCAAAACGGAGUUUGAAAUUCGGCAAGGAGAGAUGAAGAAUCUACUCCCUGGGAUAGUCCUGACGUUUUUUAUAUUUUUAGAGUGCAUAGAGGCCAAAAAGUACUGCUGGUAUUUUGAAGGCGGAUACCCCAUCUACUUUAUAUGCCGCUCGUACGAGGACUGCUGUGGGACCCGCUGCUGUGUCCGAGCCCUCUCCAUCCAGCGGCUAUGGUACUUCUGGUUGAUGCUGAUGAUGGGUGUGCUAUUCUGCUGCGGAGCGGGCAUCUUCUUCCGCAGGUGCAUUCACCCCUCGCCCCUCAGCGACGAGCACGCCUUCAACGUCUCCUUUACCAGGCAGCCUGUAUCCACGCCAGUAUCCCAGCAGCCUGGCAUGGUAGGCUAUGGCGACCCCGGCGGCGUCAUGACUUCCCCCCUCAGCCCCGUCUACCCCAUCCAGCCCGGCCCCGCCCAUAUGAUGAACGACUACCCUCCACCGCCCUCGUACUGCAACCACCCACCCCCGCCUUACGAACAGAUUUUCCGGACACCAGAGAAGAAGUUGCAACUGGAUCACGUUUCACUGAGGAGCUCAAGGACAUUGUAUACUGUACCUUCGAAGUAUUCACAUCCCCUGUCUUUUUCCACAUUUAGUUGUUACAAAGUGGGAUUAAAAUGAUCUGUCUUUUUUUUGUGUCAACGAUCUACACAAAAUAUUCUACAGCCACCACUAGGCUUGACGAUAUGGAGAGGGGUACUCAGUAAUGCAAUGUUUGGGGCAAAUCCAAUACAAAACUCUUUGUUUUCAGGACAAAAAGUGAAUUGCUUUGCCAAUUUUUU